AUGCCCAAACACAGCACCAACCCGCAGCUGACGCUGCAUAAUCUCCUAGUCUCCAAGGCCCGACGGCCCAAGUUCGAGCUCGUUCUAAGAAUUUUCGACCUCAACAACGUGCCGCUGGUCAACGGGACCUCCUACGUUAAAUGGCAUCUCCCAGCCUCGAACUCCGCCGAGCAUCGAGGCAAGACAGAUCCCGCUCCCAUUAAAGAGCACAAAGUCUCCUGGGACUACUCGAAGUCCAUACCGAUCCGGCUUAUGAUCGACAAAAACAACAAUCUGCAGGAAUGUAGCGUCAAUUUAGAGGUUGUGCAGGAUUACAAUGUGGCUGGGCUGAGGGGCGAGAAGAUAACGCUGGGAUUUGUGACGUUGAAUCUAUCGGAGUAUGUGGAAGAGAGUGAGAUGGGCCCGGAUGGGGAAGAGGGGGUGGUGAGAAGGUAUCUGAUGCAGGAGAGCAAAAUCAACAGUACGCUGAGGAUUGGUAUUCUGAUGAAGCAAGUCGAUGGGGAGAGGAAUUUCGUGGCUCCUCCCUUGAAGACAGCUCCGGUCUUUGGAGGCAUUGCUGGAAUCAUGGCGGGGGAACAGGCUGAACCGGACGAUGUCGGACAUAUGCCCACCCUAAGUAAAUCCAGGGACCAUGGCGAGCUGCAGGAUAUGUACCGGCUGGCCCUGGCUGCUUCCUGGGCAGCAAAUGCGGACGAACUACCUGCAGACCAAUGCCUGGAAGACAUAUUCAAUGGAGGCGAUGGUUGGAAGCACCAUGCUAAUCUCGAUACGCCCAAGAUCACACAUUCGGAUCAUUCCGAAGAGCACCUGAUGCGACAACAUCAGCGUUCACAAUCUGGGGCUAGUUCUAAGAGUGCGACUUCUCAGACCACAGUGACAGGGAAAGGAGCAACGAGACUGGGGCACAAGCAUUCAAGCAGUCGAGAGACUCUGGGGUCCUCGACUGCAUCCACAUCAACGGCAGAUCUUUUGCAUGACAACAGUUUAGAGAACUCAUCGGAGAGGGGGAGGACUGGCUUUAGAAGGGUCUCAGAGCUGGAAGAGCUUAAUAUUCGGGAUGAUCUGGUGGCCUGGAAACUACCCGGUACGGUAUCAUGA